AUGGAGGGAGUUGAAACCGUGGAUGUCAGCUGGCUUCACCACACGCAGAAAGGUAAGCGUGGACCUCGGUCGCCAUCUGGCUCGCAGUGUGAACGUGACUCUAAUCGAAGUCCAGACAACUUGUCUCGCUGCAAGUCGGCAUCCUCUAUCGUUAGCGAUCGGCCGAACCCCGAUUCCGAGACCUCCGUCGCAUCGAAAUCGAAACCGGAGAGGACAUCCUCCGUCGAUCGAAAACCUCCGCAACCCUCUCAGCAACAGCCGGCACCUGCGACGGAAACUAGACCGGCCCCUGAGGCGGAAAACGGCGCGAAACCAGAUGACAAGUCGGCAGAUGGGAAAGGCGCUGGGACGACGCCGGUCCCUCAAAAGAGCGCGCCGAAGCCGAUUGUUGGCAGGAGGAAUUCAUGGAUUUCGAGUUUAAGCUCCAAGUUUUCCUCGGGGUCGACGCCUCCGUCGCAGUCUAGUUUGAAGGGACAGCCAACCCCCAAGGCAAGCUCGCCGGCCUCAAAACUUGAUAUGCAUAACCCAUUUGGUGCAGCGUAUUCUCCCAAGGACAAGGAGGACGAGAAGAAGGAUGAUUAUAACUCGAUUGUUUCGACCUCGCCCAAGGGACCUUCUUUCCUUCACAAUGCGUUUCGGAAGCUCUCGUCUGGCGCUGGUGGAUCAGGACGGUCAAAUCAAAACGGCACUGUCUGUGAGCGUCGCGUGAUGAAUUUGGACCAGGAUCGGGAUCGCUGUAAGAUUCCGGCUUUGAAUCAGGCUAAGCUACGGCGCGUUGCCUUUUCGGUCGACGUCGAGAUUGCUGGGAUAUCUCGUCGUGAGUCCGAUGAAGAGAGCCCCUCGGCAAACAGCAAGCGACGGGUAGUCCCCGAUUUAAAUGGCCCGAAGGUGAAAAGGUCAAACUCGAAAUCCAAGGAGCGAGACGAAGCUUCUGCUUUCAAGCAUCCCCAGGCAGCAGCGGCCGAAAAGGAUAAACAAGGUUCAGAUAGUGGUACGAGCCCCUCAAAGACCGCGGCCGUACCAGAGGCCUCUCAAAACGAUGCCAAACCAACUGGUGAGCACAAGGAACCUACGAGAAAGCAGGAGAAAAAGAAGCGGUCGGAGGAGGAGCGAAAAGAACGAAAAGAGAGAAAACGGAGACAAGCAGAGGCGAAUGGGUCGAUACCAAUGCAACUGACUGCUGAUGAUGAAGAUGACACUCGGCCACCAUUACCUGGUGCCUCGCGCUCUAAAACGCAAAGUCAUCCCACAACGGAUCCAGUUCGGAUCUACCGACGUUGCUGCCAACUACGGGAGACGCCUGUACUGAAGAGGAUUGUUGACGAGAUCUCUUCUCCUUCGUCCACACUUGCGGAAUCUCCAGGCACCGUCGGCGUCCUUGACUUAACCAACUUCCCCAUGACUUCCCAGGAUACUGCCACCUUCAGUGAUUGGCUGGCUCUUGUUCCAGUUCGAAAACUUAUUCUUGAAAAAUGUGCUUUGACAGAUGACUCGGUACGGGCAAUCCUUGCCGCCCUUCUCUCAACGAAAUCUGCAGAGCAUAUGAGAAACAGGCGCAGACGAGCCAGGAAAUCCGAACCUCAGCCCUUAGAGAGGCCAGAGCGGUUCAGUGUUGUGGAGAAACUGUCUCUAAAGGACAACCCAAAGAUUGGCAAGGAGGGAUGGCGCCACAUCUGUCUUUUUAUUCACCUCUCAAAAUCUUUGAAGGCCAUCGAUUUGUCCGGCAUUCCAUUCCCAAAAACUCCUGCUACGCUCAGUGACCUCAGUCCUACCGAUAAGCCUCUUGAUCUUGCAGAGACAUUCGCUAAUUCGCUUGCCGAGCGCUUUGGCGGCGAUCACCUGGAGGAGUUGCUGAUGAGCGAAUGUAAACCCACCACGGAAGGGGUCAAGAAGAUUUGUGAUGCAGCCACUACUGUUGGCUUGAGGAGGCUUGGCUUUGCCAACAAUGAGCUAACAAGGGAGGGUUUGGAGCACAUUGUUAGCUGCUUCAAAUCAGGAAAAUGCGAGGGUUUGGACCUGGGUGGAAACCCUAUCUGUGAUCAUCUAGACUUGAUUACUUCCGCUAUUCAGAAAGGUCAACCGCUUUACGCACUCAGUCUUGCAGACUGUGCUCUUACACCGUCUGCCAUAUACCCAUUAUUCCAGGGACUGACCCGCCUCUCCGACCUCCGUUUCAUUGACUUCUCCCAUAACCCGGAGCUUUUUUCACGGCAGCCAGAUGCGUUGGCCACGUUCAGACGCUUCCUGCCAAAGAUGCCUUCGUUAAAACGCAUACACUUGGCCGAUGUGAAUAUUUCUGCGGAUCAUGCGAUUGCCCUUGCAGAAGUGCUACCGGAAUGUCCUAGUUUAUGCCACUUGAACAUAUUGGAGAACCCAUUGAUCACAUCACUGGCCGCUGCAACAGACCCCGCCAGCCAGGAGGAAGCCUGUGCUAUAUAUGCUUCCUUGAUGGCUGCGGUACGAGUGUCGCGGUCCAUCAUAGCGGUCGAUAUUGAAGUGCCUAGUGCAGAAAACAACGAAGUUGUCAAAGCUCUCGCAUCUCAGAUCGUGGCUUAUUGCCUCCAGAACCUGGAACGGGGCGCUAUCGAGGCGGAACUUUCUGAGCCGGCCGAUACUUCGGCGGCACGAGACACCGUACCGGUGCCAGAGAUUCUACAGCACAUUGUCGGAAACAUUGGCGGGGAUGAGCCCUGUGAGGAGGAUGACGAACCCGCUCCCGAUGAGGACUAUGUUAUUGGAGGCACAGGUGUCGUCAAAGCUCUCGGUGUAUGUCUUGGAAACCUGGACCAUCAUUUGCCAGGAGAUCAGUCCGGUCCGCCCAGUGGUACUACGACACCUAGACACAGAAAGUCCAGGUCCUAUAUGACCAAGCGUCCUCGCGACAUGUCAAAGAACCUACUGGAUUCGGCUCGCAACAUUCGGACCAGGAUUCAGUCGGCCCUUGUUCGUGAAGAUAGAGCCGGCAACGACGCCAACUACAGACGUCUCCAGUUCCUUGACUUCACCCUACACAGGAUGAUCCAGCGAUUUGAGGAUGAAUAUCCAGAGACGCGCAUCGUGCCGCAGCCCGUCAUAUCUAUCAAUGCCGAAACGAGCUCACAAAACUCCGGUGAGGAUGGAAAUGGCCCGCUUGUCCCUGGUAUCCCGCCCUUCGGCAAUUCAGCCGAUGACGCUGCUGUCGAUGACGAGGACACGGAUCACUAUGCCGUCCGACUAUCCCGGUCCAGCUCGAUCACUUCUCUCCAUUCGCGGGCGUUGACAUCCGAGGAAGGCCAUGCGCACCGUCUUGGACAAAACAUUCGGCGCGGAUUCCUCAGUCCUACUUUCGAUCCCGCAGCCGAGGAUUCCUCCCUCUCUUUCAACGAUUCCCACGUUUCCGCCCUUCGCGAGAAGCUCGAUCGGCUGCAUGAAGAUCAGGCCCGGUCCCAUUUCGAGAGCGUCGGAGCGGACAAGGCUUUCGGGGAGCUCGGGUCGACCGUGGAUGAACUUUGGGCCAUCCAGAGGCAGGAUACUGAGGCCUUCGAGAAGUUCAAACAGAGUCAGAUUGCCGCUCAGAUCAACAGUGGGAAAAGGACCGCGUCUCCGAUACCCGAUCAUGACAGCCCGUCGCCCAAGGCUGAGCCCGAGGGGUCGCCAUCAUCAUGA